AGAAAGCGUAAAACCAUAAUGGGUCAACAAGGGUCGCCACUCUUAACGCCCGUUUCAGCAAUAAACGCACACUCCCCCCCUCUUUCUCACACAUCAGACUCAGACAGGCGUCAUCCACUCCUUCUCUGGUCUCGCACGCAUGCGGUCACACGCUCUCUCUCCUUUGUCUUACUCCUCCUUCCUCAAUGUCUGUCUUUAGGAAAGGACCCAGAAUUAAUUCGAGGAUAGGAUGAAGAAGCCGUCCGCCUCCCUUUUUCCUCCAUUGCCGGUUCCUGCUCUCGAUUCUUGAUUUUCUCUCAGUUCCGGGGAAUUCUCUCUCCAUUGAGAUCGUGGAUAGAAAGAGGGCACGCUGUCAGAUUUGUUCUUGAAUUUGCAAAGGGAAAGAAAAACAUCAUCUUUCUUUGGCGAUGGAUGUGACUAAUCGGAUCUUGAAUUGUCUUGCAUCUCCCUUGUCUUCUGGAAAUGAGGAAGGGGAGAGAAUGCAGCUCUAUCUCCAGUUCGGCUAUACCUUGAGGAGCGUCUUCCUUGUGUCAAUCUUGUUUACACUCAGCUCACUGGCUGCUGCUGACCUGGUCUCGGAUCAGCAAGCCCUUCUCGCCUUUGUUGCCGCUGUUCCUCAUCGUAGAAGGCUCAACUGGAAUUCCACUAACCAUGUCUGCAAAUCGUGGGUCGGUGUCACCUGCACUCCCGACGGUGCGCGCGUUCUUGCCCUCCGCCUUCCCGGGAUCGGGCUCGUGGGACCAAUCCCUCCAAACACGCUUGGUAAACUGGACUCCCUAAGGGUUCUCAGCUUGAGAUCAAAUCUCCUCAGCGGUCAUCUUCCUCCUGAUAUCCCCUCCAUCCCUUCACUCCAUUACCUCUUUCUCCAACACAACAACUUCUCCGGUGAGAUCCCUUCCUCGUUUUCUCCACGGCUUAAUAUCCUGGAUCUCUCCUUCAACUCAUUCAUGGGAAAGAUCCCGGCAGCAGCUUUACAGAAUCUGACCCAGUUGACGGGAUUGAGCCUCCAAAGUAACAACCUUUCUGGACCAAUUCCAGAUCUUGAUGUCGGCGGCAGCCUAAAACGUCUAAACUUGAGCUACAAUCAUCUUAUGGGUUCUAUACCUUCUUCGCUCCGCGGAUUUCCUAGCUCGUCCUUUGUUGGAAACACUCUUUUGUGCGGUCCGCCUCUGCAGCCUUGCGUCCCGGCCUUUUCCCCUCCACCAUUACCGGUGUUUCCCCGCAAAAAAGCUCCCAGAAGGGGAUUACAUCUGGGGACUAUCAUUGCUAUAGCUGCUGGAGGAGCUGCCCUCCUGCUGGUCUUGGUGAUUCUUAUCCUCUUGUGUUGCCGAUUCAAGAAAAAAGACAAGAGGGGAGACAUUGUUGUAAAACCCAAGGCCUCUGCUGAGAAACCGAAGGAAGAAUUUGGAAGCGGGGUGCAAGAACCUGAGAAAAAUAAGCUGGUUUUCUUCGAAGGCUGCUCCUAUAAUUUCGAUCUCGAGGACUUGCUGAGGGCUUCGGCAGAAGUGCUGGGGAAGGGUAGCUAUGGGACAACCUACAAGGCUGUCUUAGAAGAGUCCACGACCGUAGUGGUAAAAAGGUUGAAGGAAGUGGCGGCCGGAAAGAGGGAGUUCGAGCAGCAGAUGGAGACUAUCGGUAGAUGUGGGCAGCACCCUAAUGUUGUUCCCCUCCGUGCCUAUUAUUACUCCAAGGACGAGAAGCUACUGGUCUACGACUAUUACCCUGCCGGAAACUUGUCCAGUCUCCUUCAUGGUAGCCGAGGAGGUGAGAGAACGCCUCUCCAUUGGGACUCGAGAGUAAAAAUCUCGCUGGCGACAGCAAAGGGCAUUGCUCACCUUCAUGCCGUUGGAGGGCCGAAAUUCGCUCAUGGAAAUAUAAAGUCGUCGAAUGUGCUGAUUAACCAGGAAACCGAUGGAUGCAUUUCGGAUUCCGGACUGACCUCCCUAAUGGCUAUGCCGACAACGAGGGCUGCAGGGUAUAGGGCACCCGAAGUAACGGAAACGAGGAAACAAACUCAUAAAUCGGACGUGUACAGUUUCGGGGUACUCUUGCUAGAGAUGCUGACGGGGAAAGCUCCGAUCCAGUCACCGAGCCGUGAUGACAUGGUCGAUCUCCCGAGGUGGGUGCAGUCCGUGGUGAGGGAGGAAUGGACGAGCGAGGUAUUCGACGUCGAGCUAAUGAGGUUCCAGAACAUUGAAGAGGAAAUGGUUCAGAUGCUGCAGGUCGCCAUGGCAUGCGUGGCUCGUCUCCCCGACAUGCGGCCCGACAUGGAUCAAGUGGUCAGGAUGAUUGAAGAGAUACGCCUUUCUGACUCUGACAACCGCCCCUCUUCCGAGGAUAAUAACAAACCCAAGGAUUCCCCAUGAUUUUUUUUCUUUCUUUCUAUUGUCUGAAUUUGUAAUCUGUUUUUUUUUUCCCCUAGAGUUUGGACAUGACGAUUGACUAUGGCUUUUCCAGAGUUGCCUUGCUUCUGUUAUGUCUCGUGACACAGAGUCCUUGUUGGUCAACGUAUUCACUAGAUGCUGUGAGAGAUGGAUAUAAUCAGGGGCUGGGCAAAGUUGACCCAAAGAUCCGGUUAUCUGCCGAUAACCAAUUUAGUCUA